CUGCAAGCAAAUAGGAGGAGGAGCUUAGUUCUUGCGUAACCAGUUUGCUGUUUAAAGAGAAGUUCGGAUUGUAUUCAUCCGUGCAUAUGAGUUCAAACAGGCUACAGCGACUCAAGAGCCAUAUUUUGCCUAAAAAUAAGAUAAGAGCAAUGGCAAGUCCUCUGACCACACACGUGCUGAACACUGCCAAUGGUGUUCCCGGGGCCAAGAUAGCCCUCAGCCUACAUCGACUCGACCCCUCAACUGAGACAUGGCUGUUGAUUAACACUGGGCUCACAAAUGCUGAUGGCCGCUUCCCUGGACUCAUCUCGCAACAACAAUUUCUGUGUGGUGUGUACAAAUUGCGCUUUGAAACUGCUCAGUACUGGGAAAGUAUGGGGGAGACCUCCUUUUACCCAUAUACUGAGAUUGUCUUCACCGUAAGCGACGCAGAUCAAAAGUACCACAUACCACUGCUCUUGAGUCGUUUCUCGUACAGUACGUACAGAGGGAGCUAGAGGUCAAGUGUGUGGUGACCUUCAGCGACUGGCAUGCUUCUUUCUUGGAAACAUUCUCAGUUCAAAUGACACGAGUGCUAUAGCCAUUCUACUCAAAAAACAAAUGUGCCAAUAAUUAUUUGUAUUCUUUAUAAGAAAUUAGGUAUUACAACCAGUAUUAGUCUUUGAAAUUAAAUAAUUAUAUUUUGAUACAUUUCACUUAGUAGUAAUAUUUUAACCCCACUUAAUGUAAUUUUUGGAAUAUGAAUUAAAUUAUUAAACAUGUAUGUAUGUAACAUGCAGUACAUUUUUUGAUAUGUCUCUGUGAACUAAAAGAUUGAAGCAGAGUACACAUAUGGUAUACCAAUUUUAAAAAUUUGAGUGACCCUACACAUGAUGAGGAAAAGAAUCUGCAUGUGUGUGCUCAUUGUUGCUUGUAUGGCAUGAGAUGUACAGUACUGGAAAUGACCAACACCAUAUCUUAUAUAUCUUCACCGAUAAUCGUGAGUAUACUGUCAUCUGUCGUAGUACCAAGUGAAAGGCAGUAUGGGCACCCAGACUGCUGGAAAAUUGUAGUAGUAGUAAUAGUAGUACAUUGCAGUUGAAAAUUCUUCUUGUCUCCUGGUCUGCUUGGCACAUGCAAGCAUUCACUCUGAAUAUGUUCUUCAGCUAGUAGAAUGCUGUUUUAGUGAUUGAUUUGAUAUGACUGUUGAAAGUCAAGUCGGAAUAUAUCAAUACACCAAGGUUUCGGACUUGGACUUUGGUUUUUAAAGAGACAGACUCCAGGUAUUAACAUCAAUCCUCUUUUCUUUAUUGCCAAAUGCAAUUAUCUAAGUUUUGUUGUGGUUUAAUUGAAUAAGGUUUUGGCUCAUCCAGUUAUUUAUCUUUUUUAGACAGUAACACAACACCUCAAUUGAACUGUAGUCAUCUGGAGACACUGCUAGAUAUAACGGUGUGUCAUCUGCAUAGCUUUGAUAGUCAACAUUAAGGUUCUGAAUAAUUUAUACAAAGGGUAUGAUAUCCAGGAGGAGAGGUCCAAGAACUGACCCUUGAGGGACCCCAUAGGUCAUUGCCAUUCGAUGAGCUUGAACACUUCCAAUGGUUAGGAAAUAACUAGUUUUCCCCAGGUAGCACCUGAACUAUUUAAGGACUGUUUCAUUUAGUCCGACCCAAGUUUCCAACCCGUUUAGCAGUAUAUUAUGAUCUACCAUAUCAAAAGCCACACUGAGAUCCAACAAGACCAGAAUUGACACAUUUCCCGAGUCAGUAUUCAACUUUAUAACAUUUAGCACUUUCAUAAGAGCUGAUUCUGUACUGUAAUGAGUUCGGAAAACUGACCAAAGUCCAUUUAAAUGCAAGAAGAACAGAAUAGGCGAGAGUUGUGGCAGAACAAUCAUGACAACACACCUACUCACAAUCCCCUGAGCAUGUAACACUUCCUAGCAAAGAAAAAACAUCGCCGCACUGGCACAACUUCCCUGCACACCCGACCUGGCUUGGUGUGAUUUUUUUUUCCUCUUUCCCAAGCUCAAGGGGGUCAUCAAGAAACAAAUUUUAAAGACAACAUCAAGAUAACCGUGAUGACGGAGCUGCGGAGGACCCCGGAAGAAGCCUUCCAGUAGGCAUGAAGGUGUGACAGAGAAGGCUGGGAAAGCGUUUUGGACUCCAAGGUGAUUAAUUUGAAAGGAAAAACAUGUAGUUUGUAGUUGAAAUAUAUCUUUUGUGACACAAUAUGUCCUAAAUGUAUAUUUGUCAGAGUGGCUUUUUGUUGUUGUACAAGAGUCGCUCUCCAACAUACAGUCCUUGAGAGUUUUAACAUACUUGGCUAAUAAAGAUGAUUCAGGUUCUGA